AUCAGCUCAUUAAAUUUGUUGUGUUAAUGAUUGUUUCAUCAUUUUUUUAAAAAAAAAGAGAAACAUAUAAUAUAAUUAUAUUUGUCCACGUAUGCAUGUAUAUAUUAUUUGUUUUUUCAGAAAGUGGAAAAGGUGAGGGACACAAACUCACGGGGCUGAAACUUUAUUUGUCGUGUAUAGAAUCUCACUUUCUAGAGUUUUGUUGUUUCCAUGCUACAUAGUGAUUGUUUCACGAGCCUCCAAACCACCGACUUCAUUCUCACUCAGUCUCACCUGUCUCUGUCUCUCGAUUCAUUACAAUACAAAAAGCUUAGCUCCCACUUAUCUUCAUAUCAAAUUAUUUGAAAACUCAAAGAAAGGAUAAGGAAAGCGAGCUGUUUGCUGUUACAUGUAAAUCUCUUCUUGACGUUAUUAUCUCAUCUUUCUGUUUUUACAAAUUGAAGAAGAAGAUGCAGAACUCCAAGCUGUGGCUGCAGAAAGAUUUAGUCGGCGAGUUUGAUGACGUUGAACACUUUAACAACUCUCUAAAGGAAUUGAGAGAUUUACGUUCUCAACUACACCAUGCGGCAGACUACUGUGAAUCCUCGUUCUUGAAUACCAAAGAAAAAAAAGUAGUCUUGGAGAACACAAAGGAAUACGUAUGCAGGGCGGUGGUUACAUUAGUUGAUCAUUUUGGAUGCGUCUCUGAAAAUAUAAGUGGCCUCAUUUCCAAUUCCAAUGAAUGCUCAGAAGCUGAGCUUCGAAUCGACUCUCUCAAGCAGAGAUUUCUACUUUCACAACAAUUUGUUCACAACCUCGCUCUGUCCACUCUUCAAUUGCGAGAAAUCAUACCAAGACAUCAACUGCGUUACUUAUCUGCCCCAAAUGAAGAAGCUGAUGAGAAAUCAGGUGAAGAUUUAAGGGAUUCUAGAAAUGCAGUCUCCACAAAAGUCAUUGAAAAAAGUAAGUUUGAAAGAGAGAAAGACUCUCCCAUUUUCGCAUUUACACACUGUCGAAAACCAUCUCUAUCGAAAGGGAAAACCAACUCAGCUUCAUUGUUUCCUAUUCGUGACGGCUUCUCCAUUCUUUCCAAAGUUCCAAAUCCUUCUUUUCAUUUCCAGGAGACAAAGAAGAAUACGCGCAUUAUUAAAAGAUCUCUACAUGGAAGUGACAUCUGGGCACUCAUUCGCCGAACCAAAAGAACUGCUUGAGAAUUUUAAGGAAAUCUGCUGUAGGUAGUUUUCUGGUUGUGGUUUUCUAGCGGUUGAGAAUGAUGCAUAUGUGGUUGUGUAAAUAACCUUUAAGAUGGUAGUAGAAGUGUGUGUUGUCCUUAGUUGAUUGUUCUGUUUUGUAGAUUAUGAUUUGGAAAGAUACAUCUACUGUAAUUCAGAUCCAUAUUAUGAGAAUUUGAUUGCCAAAUGGCUGGGCUGUAAUUUUCUUAAUUAAAAGUGAAGUGAGUAAGAAAGUUUUGAAACCAA